ACGUUGUUUCUGUUGGUCAAACUCCUAGAACUCGGCAGGAUAGACUUGGAAUAGGGACAAGGAGCGGAAGUGGAAAAGGGAGGAGCGUGCACCCCUCCCGGCCUUGGCGCUCACCGCGCCCCCUACCCUCCCGGGAUCGGGAGGGGACGCGCGGGGCCGACGCGCCCAGACGGCCUCGAUGGCGCGGGUAGCCAGUGUUAGUCCCUUGGCGUCCGGCGCCCACCCGGCCGCGGCCGUCCUCCUGUGGCUCUUUCUCAGCACCUGGUGCACAGCCCCUGCCAGUGGCAUCCAGGUGACAGUGUCUGACCCCUACCAUGUAGUGAUACUGUUCCAGCCUGUGACCCUGCCCUGCUCCUACCAGAUGACCACGACCCUCACGGCGCCUAUCGUAAUCUGGAAGUACAAGUCCUUCUGCAGGGACCGCAUUGCUGACGCCUUCUCUCCAGCCAGCGUAGACAACCAGAUCAAUGCCCAGCUGGCAGCAGGCAAUCCCGGCUACAACCCCUACGUGGAGUGCCAGGACAGUGUGCGCACAGUCAGGGUUGUGGCCACCAAGCAGGGCAACGCCGUGACCCUGGGAGACUACUACCAGGGCCGGAGGAUCACCAUCACAGGAAAUGCUGACCUGACAUUCGAGCAGACGGCUUGGGGGGACAGUGGUGUGUACUAUUGCUCCGUGGUGUCGGCCCAGGAUCUCCAGGGGAACAACGAGGCCUAUGCAGAGCUCAUUGUCCUUGGCAGGACCUCUGGGGUGACUGAACUCUUACCUGAUUUUCAGGCGGGGCCCAUGGAAGACUGGCUCUUUGUGGUCGUGGUGUGCCUGGCUGUCUUCCUUGUCUUUCUCCUCCUGGGCAUUUGCUGGUGUCAGUGCUGCCCACAUACCUGCUGCUGUUACGUCAGGUGCCCCUGCUGCCCGGAGAAGUGCUGCUGCCCGGAGGCCCUGUAUGCAGCUGGCAAAGCAGCCACAUCAGGCGUCCCAAGUAUCUACGCCCCAAGCACCUACGCCCACCUCUCCCCGGCCAAGACCCCACCCCCACCGCCAGCCAUGAUUCCCAUGGGCCCUGUCUACAAUGGAUACCCCGGAGGGUACCCUGGAGAUUUCGACAGGAGCUCAGUUGGCCACAGCUCCCAGGUGCCCCUGCUUCGGGAUACAGACAACAGUGUGACCUCUGAAGUCCGAAGUGGCUACAGGAUCCAGGCCAGCCAGCAGGAUGACUCCAUGAGAGUCCUGUACUACAUGGAGAAAGAACUAGCCAACUUUGACCCCUCCAGACCUGGCCCUGCCAAUGGCCGUGUGGAACGUGCUAUGAGUGAAGUCACCUCCCUCCAUGAAGAUGACUGGCGAUCCCGGCCUUCACGGGGUCCUGCCCUCACUCCAAUCAGGGAUGAGGAGUGGGGUCGACAGUCCCCCCGGAGUCCCAGGAGAUGGGAGCAGGAGCCCCCAACAGAGCGGCCAGGGAGUGGCUGGGGAGCCAGGCGACCCCGGGCCCACUCUGUGGAUGCUCUGGAUGAUCUUACCCGCCCGGGUUCUGCUGAAUCUGGAAGGAGGUCUCCCCCAAGUAGUGGGAGGAGAGGACGGGCCUACGCACCCCCACGAAGCCGUAGCCGUGAUGACCUCUACGACCCAGAUGACUCCAGGGACUUUCCACAUUCACGAGAUCCUCACUAUGAUGACUUCAGGUCUAGGGACCGCCCUCAGGUGGACCCCAGAUCCCGCCACUACCGACUCCGGGAGUCUCGGGAUGAAGGCUCCAGGUCUGGGGACCCGCAAUAUGAUGGGCGUCUAGUAGAAGAGGCCUUAAGGAAAAAGGGGCCAGGGGAGAAGAGGAAACAUUACAGGGAUGAAGAGGAAGAAGAGGAGGCCUACUACCCUCCGCCACCUCCCCCGUACUCUGAGACGGAUUCCCAGGCCUCCCGGGAGCGGAGGCUUAAGAAGAACUUGGCCCUGAGUCGGGAAAGUUUAGUCGUCUGACCUCACGUUUUGUAUGUAGCUUUUGUACUUUUUUUUUUUUUUAAUUUGAGGGAAAUUAUGAUGAAGAUCUUCCUCUUGUAAUUCUAAUAAAAUUGAUAAU